AUGGAUGCGAUGUCCAACUUUAUUGAUGACAUUGCCGUGGAUGACGACGGCGAUGACGAGGAGGACGACGAGGAGGACGACGGGUCUGACGCUGGAGACGUGCUCGACGACGAGACGCUGAUUGAGGACGAUGGCGCGCAGGCGCGGCGGCUUGAUCUGGAGCGCGAGACGGCCGAGGCUGCUGCUAUCCGGGAGAAGACGCAGCGUUUUGAGGAGAUGGGCGCCGAGUACGAGAACGCUGGGCGGCCGGGGAUUGUGAUGGAGGACGUGAGCGAGCUGGACCGGCAGUCGCUGCUCCCGACGCAUGCAGACCCGAAGCUGUGGAUGGUCAAGUGCAAGACCGGGAUGGAGCGAAAGCUUGUGCUUGCGCUGAUGUACAAGUUUGCGGACAAGCAGAGCCGCGGAAAGCGGAUGGGGAUCACGUCUGUGAUUUGCCGCGACAACCUGCGCGGGUACUUUUUCGUGGAGGCGCGGCGAGAGGACACGGUCAAGGCUGCGAUUUCCGGGCUCCGCGGGGUGCGGCAGUCGUCUGUGACGAUUCUUCCGCUGAAGGAGAUGGUAGACACGCUCGAGGUGACGGCGCAGGACGUGACGCUGCGGAAGGAUGCAUGGGUGCGGAUGAAGCGCGGACAGUACCGCGGCGACCUUGCACGCAUUGUGCGGCUGGACGACUCGGGCUCGCGGGCGGUGGUCAAGCUCAUUCCGCGGCUGGAUCUGGACAAGCACUCGCGGGCGUCGCUGCCGCGGACCGACGACUCGUCGAAGAAGCGCAAGCGGCCGGCGCGGCCAGCGGCCAAGUUCUUCUCGCCGGAGGAGGUGCAGGACAAGGUCGGCCACUUGGCGAUCAAGACGGUGGUGACGGUGAGUGGCGAGAAGGGGUACAUGUUUGGCGGCAACGAGUUUGUGGACGGGUACCUGGUCAAGUCUGUGCCAAUCAACUCGCUCAACUCGACGAACGUGGUGCCGACGCUGGAAGAGUUCCAGAAGUUCCAGAACAUGGGGACGGGCAAGUCGACGGACGCGAUUGCAGACGCGCUGGCGGCGACGCUUCCGGGCGGCGGGCAGAUGAUGGGCAUGGAGGGCUUUGCCAGUGCGCAGCGGGUUGACUUUCAAAAGGGCGACAUGGUGCAGGUGGUGGCCGGCGAGCUGACGUCGCUCAAGGGCUCUGUGCUUGCGGUGGACGGCGAGUCUGUCACCUUUGUGCCGAACCACAUCGACUUUUCCGAGCCGCUCACCAUCGCGCGGGCCAACUGCGCCAAGUACUUUAAUGUGGGCGACCACGUGCGGGUGACGCGCGGGCUUCGCGAGGGCGAGACGGGCCACAUUGUGGCGGUCGACUCGCAAUACGCGCAUGUGUUUUCUGACCUCAACCACUCGGAGUUCAAGGUCUUUGUCCGCGACGUGCGGCUGGCAUCUGCGAUGGUGACCACCAUCGAUACGCUCGGCGAGUAUGAGGUCUACGACCUUGUUGAGCUCGACGCAACCUCUGUGGGCGUCGUCAUCCAAAUCGAGGGCUCGAGCCUGCGUGUGCUCAACCAAAACGGAGUGGUCUCGACGGUCCGCCCGACCGAGGUCGGCAAGAAGUGGACGCGGCGGUCGAUCACGCUCGACUCGGCAGGCAACAACGUCGGCGUCCGCGACGUCAUUCGGGUUCUCGACGGCCCACACAAGGGCAAGCAGGGGACGGUCAAGCACAUUUUCCGUGCGCACAUCUUUGCGCACUCGGCGUCGGUCAUGGAGCACGGCGGAAUGUUUGCGGUCCGUGGGCGGAACUGCGUGCUGCUCGGCGGGGCGAUGGGCGCUGCCGCCGCAUCGUACACCACCCCGGCCCCGGCCUCGUACACCACCCCGGCGCCCGGCCCGGCGCCGAUGGACGUGGCGUACACAUCGGCGGCGCCCGCGCCCGCGGCAACGCCGCUGCCGGCCUUUGCCCGGCCCGGCGUGGUUGUCACCGUCAACAACGAGCAAGGCGUCAUCUCGCACACCCUGCCCGACGGCACCGCCGACGUCCGGUUCAGCUCGGGGCGUGUGGCGACGGUGGCCGGCAGCGACAUGGCGGCGGUCCACCCGGCGAGCAACGGCGACCGGGUCAUGAUGGUCGACUCGGGCAUGACCGGCACCAUCACGUCGAUGGACGACGUUGGCGUGCUGGUCUCGUUUGGCGACGACGUGCGGAUGGUGGACAACCUAAGCAUGCUUGUCCGUGUCGAAUAAAGACAGCCGAUA